UAUGGUUCUGGCAGCUCCACUGUCCAAGUGAAUUCCGUCGACGGGUCGGUUUUUGGGGUCGAGGUACAUGCGAAUUAAGCGUUGGGGGUUGAGUGGAUCAACAGUGCUGCGUGUAGUUUGUAGCCAUGUCCGCUACCGCCUUCCCCGCGGCGUCUUGUGCUGUCAAGGCUUCGGGAUUCUCAGAAUUCUCCGGAAUCAAGAGCACUAACUCUGUCACCUUCGGCAAGCGCCAUGACGACCUAACUACUAUUGUUACUGCCCAGUCUGCCGUGGCUGCUAGCUCUGGAGCUAAGAGGGCCGUCACCGAGGCCAAGAUCAAGGUUGCCAUCAAUGGAUUCGGACGUAUCGGACGCAACUUCGUCCGCUGCUGGCACGGCAGGAAGGAUUCGCCCCUCGAUGUCGUCGUCAUCAACGACACCGGAGGUGUGAAGCAGGCCUCUCACUUGCUCAAGUACGACUCCAUGCUCGGAACCUUCGACGCCGACGUCAAGGUUGAGGGCAACGACGCCAUCAGCGUCGACGGCAAGGUUAUCAAGGUGGUGUCCGACAGGAACCCACUCAACCUGCCCUGGGGGGACAUGGACAUUGACCUCGUGAUUGAGGGAACCGGAGUGUUUGUGGACGAGGCCGGUGCCGGAAAACACAUCCAGGCCGGAGCCAAGAAGGUGUUGAUCACCGCGCCCGGCAAGGGAGCCAUCCCAACUUACGUGGUGGGAGUGAACGAGAAGGACUACAAGCACUCUGACAGCAUCAUCAGCAACGCAUCGUGCACGACGAACUGCCUGGCACCGUUCGUGAAGGUAUUGGACGAGAAGUUUGGGAUCAUCAAGGGCACCAUGACGACGACCCACUCGUACACCGGUGAUCAGAGGCUGUUGGAUGCAUCGCACCGUGACCUGAGAAGAGCGCGGGCCGCAGCUCUGAACAUCGUGCCGACAUCGACGGGAGCCGCGAAGGCGGUGGCGCUGGUGCUGCCCAACUUGAAGGGCAAGAUCAACGGAAUCGCGCUGCGUGUGCCGACGCCGAACGUGUCGGUGGUGGACUUGGUGGUGCAGGUGGAGAAGAAGACGUUUGCGGAGGAGGUGAACCAGGCAUUCAGGGAUGCGUGCGCGACGGAGGAGCUGAAGGGAGUGUUGGCGGUGUGCGACGAGCCAUUGGUGUCGGUGGACUUCAGGUGCACGGACGUGUCGUCGACGGUGGACUCGUCGCUGACGAUGGUGAUGGGCGACGACAUGGUGAAGGUGGUGGCGUGGUAUGACAACGAGUGGGGAUACUCGCAGAGGGUCGUGGACCUCGCCCACAUUGUCGCCGAGAAGUGGCAAUAAAAUGCUGACAGUAGACCUGAUAGUUUGAUGUGGUUGUAAGCUACUUGUGGUGAUCAGUCCGGCGCUCAUGGGUAGACUGGUAUCAUUCGGGGUAUAUAGCAUGGUCUUCUCUACUAUCUCACAAUUUUGUGGGUUGUUCGGUUUUUUCUUGUGUAGUGCAGCUGUCGAACCUAAGGAAAGCAGAGCAUUUUGAUUCGUUCGCUUUUGUUACCUCUGAUAACUACCCGGUUGUCAGUGGUUCCUAAAUAGAUUAUGUAGAACACCUCUUCUCUGCCGGAAUAACUGAUAUGGGCAUAUCUUCAUGUGUCAUUUUAGCCAAAUUAUAUUAGAGCCUUCAUUUUUGAGGCCAAUUUGAGUGCA